AUGAAAUCCAUUCUGCUGCUCUGCUUCCAGCUCCUCGCUGUCUUUGCUACUCCCCUGGUCCUCCCUGAUGAUGCACUCAUGGAACAGGCGUUUUUGAGUGACGCUCAGAGAGCGUCUGCUCUUCCUGCGACCAACUCCCACCAGGAUGCCAUCUACAUCGACCACAGCUCCUCCUCUGGCAGACAAAUCGAGCCAAUGACCCGUCCGUCCUGGUUUACCUCUGUUCUAAUGGCCCGUCGUCUCCUGGCCCUCUCGACCAGCGGCGUCGCCUCAACCAUCUUCCCCGACUCCCUGCCCCUAAACGGCCACACCCCGCCCUCCGUCGCAGGCCACUCGAUCAGUCUCCGUGAAUACUUUGCAGACUGCGACGAAGCUCUGCCAACCUCCUACAAGUAUGCCAACAACGGAGACGGCAGCCCGACUCUCCUCGCUCUCAAGGUCGCAACAACCUUCCGCAACACCGCCGCCGGAUCGAACAUAUCCCUCUCCCUCGACUGGUGGGACCACAUCAACGACACCGAACCUAUCUACCCCGGUUUCCCGCUGAGUCCCGCCGGACUCCCUCGUGUCACGCUAUUCGGGUACGUCGAGCCAUUCCCUGAGCCGAUUCCUGAGGAUGUUGAAACUGCGUUGGAGAAGUGUUACUUGCACGCGCAUCCUGAUGCGGAGGUGUGGUUGCCGCAUAAACGGGGCUCGCCGCACUCGAGUUUCUGGGCGAGAAUGGUGGUUACGGAUGUUUACUGGAUCGGGGGAUUUGGGGAUGUGCAGCAGAUUGGGUGGAUGGAUGUGAAGGAGUGGGCGGGUGUGAGGAGGAAGGGAAGUGUAGAGGGUGUUGGGGAUGGUAGGGGCUGGGAGGAUGUGAGAUUGCCGGGGGAGAAGCAGUAA